AUGGCUACUGUUCACAGCCGCAAGUACCACGUUCGCGACCUGGCGACACGAUCCGUCACUCUGCUCCCGGCCCAGGCCCAGGUGGUUCGAGACGUCAGCGAUGUGCCUCUCAAGCUACCGUUCAAUCCGCAACCCGCUGCUAUCACCAUCGUGGGUCUGUCUCCGACCGUCGACGAAGACUCGAUCAAGGUGGAGGGCACAGGCUCAGCCCUCAUCACCGACAUCACCAUCAAGCUCCUCCCCAACCGCGACGUUUACGAAGACAUCUUUCCCGACGAGGAUGACGACUCCGACGAGGACGAUACCGAUUCAGAAUAUGAAGGACCAGCGGAAAGCGUAGAGUACAAAGACGCCGAGGCAAAGCUGCAAACCCAGCGCAAGCAACGGGAGGCCGUCCUAGCAGUUGAACGCAUCUUCCAAGACCAGCAGAAUAGUGCAGCGAUGCGACUUGAGUUCCUCAAUUCCUGGGGCAAGUCGCUUGACCGCAAGAACUGUCCCGACAUUGAUCAGGCUCUGCAGACCUACAAGCAAGAGCGGGAAAAGUUGGCAGCGGAGUCCAAGAAAGCUUCUGACGAGCGGCGAGGAUUACAAGCCGUCCUUGAGAGCCUACGUGAGGAACAGUCCCUUUUAAAUCUUGAGAAAGAAGCCGAGAGUGUGCGCCAGCGCGGGGAGCGCAUGCUGUUCUGGCCCAUAAAGUGCUACACGGUUCUUGUCACGCUGGAGGUCGUGGGCAAAACGCCAGGCUCGUCAAGACGGAGCUCCUUGGCUAGUGACACUGCAUCAGUCGCAACCGACAAGACCAGUGGCGAGUUGGGUGAUGCCAUGCUAGAGACGACCUGCAGUUUGUCCUUGUCUUACUUGACCUCAUGGGCCUUUUGGGCCCCAUCGUACGACCUGGCGUUUUCGACAGCCUCCAACUCGGGGAGGCUAUACUUUGACGCGCAGAUCACCAACCAAACGUCUGAGACGUGGGAAAACUGCAAGAUGAUGCUCUCUACCAGCCGCACCGCUUUGUGUGGUGCCGGCAGUGACGUACCCGAACUCAAGCCAUGGGACAUUCGACUUGCUCCCAGAUCCAAGAAGUGGGAUGAUGCGCUCGACAGUCAAGAAGAACGAAGGGCUCGCAUGAUUGGACACAAGCCUGCUACAAAUACAAAGUUAAAUCGCGAUGAGCUGUUUGGGGAGGAGAGAGAGACAUUUGCCUACGCAAGAGAAGAAGAAGAAGAAGAAGAGGGCUCCAAUGACCAAGAAUUUAGGCUCUUUGAUGAACCCACUGUUCGGGAUGCCGAUAUGGCGUUGAACUACCAAGAGCCCAGUCCGCUGCCAAUCUUGGAGUUUCAAGAGCCCUCAUUCGAGGAGGCCGGUCUCACGGCCACGUACGAGCUGCCCGGGCAAAAGACUCUGGCACCGGCACCUACUGCCUCCAAGUCCCGCAUUGCUACAAUCGCAUUUGCCAAUGUCGUCUUCUCCCACACGGUGGUGGCCAAGUACAAGCCGGUCAUGCUCUCGGUGCUCGACCAGGUCCCCGUCAGCCAGGACGAAAGACUGCGAGUCGACAUUGCCUUGCCUCGUGGGCUGCUCCCGGGCGGAAAGGGAGUUCCUGCCGGGGAACAAAAGGGCGAGAUCGUAUGGGAUGUGACACUCAACCCCGGGAAAGGGGUGGAGUUGUUGCUCGAAUAUGAAGUGGCUUGUCCUGCCGGCGAGCAUGUUGAGCAAAAGUUUUGA